AUGUCUUUAUCCAGAAAUUUUCGUAAUUUUGAAAACCAAAACGCUAUCAAAUUGGUAAACACCAUUUGGCAAUGUUUGGAUAAUUUAAUAGACCCUCCUUUGAAAAAAAACAAUAAAAAAGAAAAUGAGCAAGAUUUAUUCGAAGGAGAAUUAUUUCUUGAUGAGAAUACAUUAAACGAACGAUUAGAAUACUUGAAUGAUAUAGUUACAGAAAAACGUCGAGAACUUGGAGUAUCAGAUUCCAAAUUAGAACAAGCAUUUCAUAAUGCAAGACUAAAUCAAAGACGUCAUACUUCAAUUAAUGAAGUAUUUGGAGAGGUCUUGAAUCAAUUUAAUUCUUUCAUAGGCGUCGAUUUUAAUUUAACAUUUAAAACUUCCAAAAUGCUUAAUGGUGAUGAUGAUGACGUAACCUUAAAAUCAUUUAAAGCUCUUAAGAGUUCAAAUAAAAAAUUCGAUGAGGUUCUUGCUGGUCACAAAGAUCAUUUCAUGUUGUAUUUGAAUAAUUUAGAACUUGAUAUAAAUAAAAUAGUAGAAUUAUUACAAUUGAGUGACCAAAUCUUUAGCAACCGGCAGUAUGAAAAAUUUCAAAAACGCCUCAGGAAGUUUCUUGAAACAACUCAGAACUUAAUGACAUUAUUAAAACUUAUAACAGUGCAAUGUGACGACGAAACGUCAUUUUUGGAAGAUAAUAAAAGCAUUUUAGAAAAAGUUGAGAUUGGAGCUACGAUUGUUGGUGGAUUGGCGUUUUUAAUCGGAACUGCCAUUGCUGCCGAUACUAGUUCUUCGGAAAAAACGAGAAAAUAUGGAAAAACCGCGGCAGCAUUAGGGGGAGCCACUCUUGCAGCAACAGGACUAUCCCAUUUCUUUGUUCAUAAUAAGAUUGAAAAAUCUAUUGGAUAUCAAAAACGUAUGAUCCGAGAUUUAACCAAAAUCCAUGAAAACUUAUUUGAAUGGGAUAUAAGAAGUAAUCAAAUUAAAGAAAAAGAUUAUGAUGAGAUGGACUCUCAUACUAGACAACAACUUGUUUUAGUAUUUCAGG